CGCAAACCGAGUAUUCAACUUCUUCAGAUUUUACACUCCCAGACAUGUCUAUCAUUACACCUACGAAUGCUUUGCGGAAUGCAGCAAACUCAGUCUGCCUGGAUGCGAGGGAGAUGAUAGCAGUGCCAGGACGAAGUGAUGUGUUGCGACUGGACUUCAGAACGCACUCAGAGCUAUUAACGGAGGAACGAAAAAGCCUGGUCCAAAUAUACAACAAAAAGGAUUUCGUCGAAAUUGCUCAAAAGGAACGUGAAAGAGGCGCGGAAAUCGAGUUCGACAAUCACCUAGAAUUUCUGUGUACCUUCGGCCCUUUAUCACCUGAGCCGAAUAAAAUGCUGGUGGCUAUAGUCCUGAAAGAUCUCACUGACAGAGUUUCGACGCCAUCCAAAGCACAGGUGGAUAAAGUGGCACAUGACCAAACAACUGCUCAGAAGCAGCUCGAGAUAUAUCCCACCGCUAAACGUCCACGAACGCCACAACAAUCACAAAAGACUGAGAAAUCCACGGGUAAGGAGCACAUUGUGGUCUCCCCAGAGCUUGAAAAGAUCAGUGAAACUCAACCUCCGCGAGUAGGCGACAUCCUGAAGGCGUACGGAGGGGAUUGCAUCAAUACUAAGCCAGGUGGUCUGGUGGUUGUCCUCAUGCGAUAUAAUGUAAAGAAGCUGGUCAGGAACGCUGAGGAUCAAAGUCGAACAGAGGAGGUGUAAUAUGGUCGUCGUUGGUAACUGCGUAAUUGUUGUCUGCAAAACCCAGCAGGCUCGAUUGAUCGGAGAACAAUGGGUCCAUAAAGGUCGUGUAUGCGUGUCCGGGUGGACUGGAGUCAAACCCAAAACUAGUGCUAUGACCAGGUGAUACAGGAAGCAUGAAGUCUGUGAGCUCUCGCGCGAAAUAGGUGUCUAGUGGCGGAUUA